GUUCCGACGGUCACUCAAGAAAAAUCUCGACCGCAACAACGACGAGCAGCACGGCCUCGACCGAUUACUGAAAGCAAGUGCAAGUGCGAGAAUUCUGCACCAGCUGCUUCGAAAGGUCCAGUGACACUUGCGAUUUACAACUUCGCCCAUAUCGAGCGGGCUUAAUUCCUUCCAUCCGGAAAAAAAAAUUUCUUUUGCUCUUGUUGCUACUACAGCAACCCCAUUCGAGACCUUUUCAACCUUUCUUUAAAGUCAAUCCUAUUCGAUUCAUAUAACACAAUGGGCUUCGGUGCUCCUCGCGGACGUGGUGGACCCCCCGGUGGACGUGGUGGACGUGGUGGAUUCGGCGGUGGCCGUGGUGGUGGCAGAGGCGGACUCGGAAGUGCCCCUCGUGGCCGUGGUGGACCUCGCGGUGGAGGUCGUGGUGGACGUGGCGGCCCUCCUGGACGUGGUGGUCGCGGUGGCCGUGGUGGCGCUCGCGGCGGUGCUAGGGGUGGUGCUAAGGGUGGUGCCAAGGUCGUCAUUGAACCUCACCGUCAUGCUGGUAUCUUCGUCGCUCGUGGCGGUAAGGAAGAUUUGCUCGUCACCAAGAACCUGACUCCCGGAGAGGCUGUCUACGGCGAGAAGCGCAUUGCUGUUGAAACUCCUACCGAGGACGGUACCGUCACCAAGACCGAGUACCGUGUCUGGAACCCUUUCCGUUCCAAGCUUGCCGCUGGUGUUUUGGGUGGUCUUGAUGAUAUCUACAUGAAGCCUGGUUCUAAGGUUCUGUACCUUGGUUCCGCCAGCGGUACCUCCGUCAGUCACGUUGCUGAUAUUGUUGGACCUACUGGUAACGUCUACGCCGUCGAGUUCUCUCACCGUUCCGGUCGUGAUCUGAUCGGCAUGGCCACCCACCGUACCAACGUCGUCCCCAUUGUCGACGACGCCCGUCACCCCCUUCGUUACCGUAUGCUGGUGCCUAUGGUUGACGUUAUCUUCGCCGAUGUUGCCCAGCCCGACCAGGCCCGUAUUGUUGGUCUGAACGCUCACAUGUUCCUCAAGGAGGGUGGUGGUGUCAUCGUCUCCGUCAAGGCCAACUGUAUCGACAGUACCGCCAAGCCGGAGGUUGUUUUCACCCGCGAAGUCCAGAAGAUGAGAGAGGAGAGGAUCAAGCCCAAGGAGCAGUUGACUCUGGAGCCUUUCGAACGUGAUCACUGUAUCGUUGCUGGUAUCUACAAGCGUUCUGCAUAAAAGAAAAAUGGGGGUCUGGUCUCUUUUCAUGUCUUAAUCAUUUAUGCUUUUUUUUUUCUGGCGUCAAGUGUUCUGUGAUAUGCUGAAAUGUUUCUCUUUGUGCUAUCUCGAGGUUUCUUCUGAAUGUACUUUUUGAGUCAGAAAAUAUUCAUGUUUCCGAUUCCGACUACUCUAUUGUGUUCAGUAUGGGAUCUGGCUGGAUGUCUGGGAAAGGAAUAGAGAACUAUAUGAUUGCUAAUUACC